GGAGAGGAGGCAGCAGCUGAGUGAACAAACAGAGACACACGUUCGGUUUGUUUCUGCGGAGACUCACACACACAGAGACAGACACACACACACAGAGAGACAGACACACACACAGACACACACACAGAGACCUGUCCCUGCAGCAGCUCCACGGGAGACAGGGGGACAGACAGGGGGGACAGCUCCGGGUCUGGGUCGGUCUCCGCGGGCAUGAGCUAACCCACCAGCCGAGGACAUGGAGACGAAACCCUUCCUGUCACUGGGGUUCCUGAAGCCCCAGUGCUCAUUGGCCCCCCCCAUGCAGCGAGGUCGCUCAGGCGAAGCGUGUUCCUGCUUCAGCGGCAUGUGUCCGCUGCACCAGCGCCGCCUGUCCUCAGGUAACUCCUACUACUCUUCAGGCCAGAUGAGCUCCUCCCCCCUGGGCUCGCCCACGUCCCACCGGGGGAUGCACCCGUCCCUGCUCAGCCCGACCUCCAUGGGACCCUCGGGCUCGCUGCACUCUCCCAUCAGCUCGCUGAGCUCGCCCAUGAACGGCAUGGCCUCGCCCUUCUCCGUCAUCAGCUCGCCCAUGGGUCCGCACUCCAUGAACUCGCCGGGCAUGGGCUACGGCCCCAGCGUCAGCCCCCAGCUGAACUCGCCCAUGCACUCGGUCAGCAGCACGGAGGACAUCAAGCCGCCGCUGGGUCUCAACGGCGUGAUGAAGGUCCCGGCCCAGCCCUCCAGCACGGCGCUGUCGCUCACCAAACACAUCUGCGCCAUCUGUGGGGACCGCUCCUCAGGUAAACACUACGGGGUUUACAGCUGCGAAGGCUGCAAAGGUUUUUUCAAACGGACGGUGCGCAAGGAUCUGACCUACACCUGCCGCGACAGCAAGGACUGUGUCAUCGACAAACGCCAGAGGAACCGCUGCCAGUACUGCCGCUACCAGAAGUGUUUAGCGAUGGGCAUGAAGAGAGAAGUUUUGUUACAUGCAGCCGUUCAGGAGGAGCGCCAGCGAGCCAAGGAGAGGAGUGAGAGCGAGGUGGAGUCCACCACCUGCGCCAACGAGGACAUGCCGGUGGAGAAGAUCCUGGAGGCGGAGCAGGCGGUGGAGCCCAAGACUGAGACGUACAUCGAGACCAACCUGGGGGCGCCGUCCAACUCGCCCAACGACCCAGUGACAAACAUCUGUCAAGCGGCCGAUAAACAACUCUUCACCCUGGUGGAGUGGGCCAAGAGGAUCCCGCACUUCUCCGAGCUGCCGCUGGACGACCAGGUCAUCCUCCUACGAGCAGGUUGGAAUGAGCUCCUCAUUGCAUCGUUCUCGCACCGGUCGAUAGCGGUGAAAGACGGGAUCCUGUUGGCGACCGGGCUGCACGUGCACCGCAACAGCGCCCACAGCGCCGGAGUGGGCGCCAUCUUCGACAGAGUGCUCACGGAGCUGGUGUCUAAGAUGAGGGACAUGCAGAUGGAUAAGACAGAACUGGGGUGCCUUCGAGCUAUCGUCCUUUUCAAUCCAGACUCGAAAGGUUUGUCGAACCCAGGUGAGGUCGAAGCCCUGAGAGAGAAAGUCUACGCGUCGUUAGAGGCCUACUGCAAACAGAAGUACCCGGAGCAGCCCGGCAGGUUCGCCAAGCUGUUGCUACGGUUACCGGCGCUGCGCUCCAUCGGCCUCAAGUGUCUGGAGCACCUGUUCUUCUUCAAGCUCAUCGGGGACACGCCCAUCGACACCUUCCUCAUGGAGAUGCUAGAAGCGCCGCAUCAGAUGACAUAAUGGCGCCGAUGGUCGAGCCAUCCCCCCGCCCGCCCUCUCCUCCUCCUUCUCCU